AUGUGACACAUUUAAUUGAAUUGAACAAUGAAACCAAAAACUAGUUUUAUUUGGAACUAUUUUGAUGAAGUUUGUGCUACUACGGCAAAGUGUAAACUUUGUGAGAAGAUAUAUUCAAGAAAGGGAGGUACCACUUCUUCUUUAAAAAGUCAUUUAAAGUCGGUGCAUGCUACUGAAUAUGAAGAAUUAAUUAAAUUAGAAUCUUCAAAGAAAUGUUCACAACGGCCUACGACUUCAACAACACCUCUUCAAGAGGUCAAAAAACAAAUAACUGUCCAAGAGGCUUUUAUAAAAAAUCAAAAAUGGUGUAGUUCUAAUCCUAAAUCUAAAGAGAUAGAUAAAUAUAUUUCUGAAAUGAUUGCAUUGCAAGACCUUCCUUUCAAUUUCGUGGAAGGUAUUGGAUUUAAACGACUUUUACAGUUCAUGGUGCCGAAUUAUCAGUUAAGGGGAAGACAGUUUUUCACAGAUAAUAUUUGUGGCGAGUUAUAUGAAAGACUAGCGAAGAAUAUAAAAGACUUGCUGAAACAAUUUCAGAAAAUGUCAUUUACUACAGAUAUUUGGAGCGAACCUAGUUCAAAUGUAUCGUUAUUGAGUUUAACAGCUCACGGCAUCAACGAAAAUUUUAAAAGGAUAAAAAUUAUUUUAAAAUGUCACACAUUUAAUGAAAGACACACAGGAGACCAAAUCCAAGAAAAAAUUAAUGAAAUGUUAAUGGAAUGGGGCAUAACAAAUGACCAAAUUCACUGUUUUGUUCGCGAUUCCGGAUCUAACAUGAUACGAGCAAUGAGACUCGCUGACAUACCUGAUAUCAAUUGUACUGUACACCAAUUACAAUUAUGUGUGCGAACUAAAAAAUCAAAUCAAAUCGAAUAAAAAAUAUUGACGUUCCUGUAGAAAAGCGAGCAAGGUUAGCGUCGCCCAUAGCUGGCACAUCUAGCAAUGUUAAGAACAAUGUCCAAACAAUUUUAUCAAAUAUAUUACUGAGCAGCGAUGAUGAUAAUACUACAUCCGAGGAACAUGCAGAUUUGGACAAAUUUCUUAUUUGGAAGGCUUUACUUAAUGAAUACAAUGAAGAAAAACGUAUUUCUAUCAGUGAUGAUCCCUUAUUAUGGUGGAAAGUAAAUACAAAAUUCAGACCCCUGGACUCGAUUGCCCGCCGUUACUAUCCGACAACACUAUACACCCGUAAUCAGGGGCGUAGCUACCGCCGUAUCUGCCGUAUCAAUUAUACGGGGCCCCCGGGCCACGGGGGCCCCAAAGUGUGUAAGGAAAAAGAAAUAAAAACUUCCUAAUUUAUUUUAUUUUACAAAUGACAAAAUUCUAUAAAGCAAUUACUUUUUAUCCCGCCUUAAGCGUGCGUUCAAAAGUUGGCAACACUCUACAACGUUAUGGCGGGCUGCGGGACUUCCCCGUUUUACUUACUUCAUCUGCAACUCAGCGGGGAAUCCCUCAAUAAUAAAGUCGAUAUCGCGAUAUACGUGUACGUACAUACUCUACAUUGGAUGUUAAACCACGGAGUGCAGUGCAGUGUUUAUUCACGCGUUUUAUGUAAUUGUGCAUUACAUUGUAAUUCAGUACAAACAAUAUUGUUCUUCUGGUUUAACAAUAUUAGUAGCGAUUUGUAAGAGAAAUGAGUGAAAGGAAAAGAGAUUAUCCCAGCGGUGCUGAGAAAAGAAAAAGUAAACGGAAAAGGGAAGAGGUUAUAAAAAAAGUGCCCAAAAUUUCUUCAUUUUUUCAGAGACAAGAUACUGUGAGUGAUUUAGAUUGGAAAGAUUCUUCUGAAGCACGUUCUUCGUCAAAUAUCCAUUCGGAAAUAGAAGAAAGCCAAGCACAUACUUCAUCGGAUGUCCAUCCAGAAAUUGAAGAACACCAAGUCAACGAUUCUGAUAUAUUUGAAGAUUGUAAUAUAAUUUCAU